AUGAUAGCCUUGCAUUGUGAUGGAUCCCUAAAACUGGAUAAGGGUUAUUAUGGAGGAAUCAUCAGGGAUAACAAAGGGGAGCCCAUUUUAGCUUAUGCUGGUAUAGGGCAUUUUGCUUCAGUACUUCACAUGGAAUUACUAGCUAUAUUCAGAGGCAUAACUCUAUGUAUUGAGAAGAACUUUACAAAGGUUUCAAUCAAGUUAGAUUCAAAGCUUGUAGUGGACAUGUUGAAUGGAGUGAUCCAAGGCCCUUGGGAUACUCAAGUUAUUAAGAGAAGGAUUUUGCAGUUGACUAAAUAUUUUGCUUUAAUAGAGUUCAAGCAUGUUUGGAGGGAAUUAAAUAGGCCAGCAGACUAUAUGGCUUCUCUUGAACUUCCAAGUGAAGAAAUCCUGAUUAUGCCUACUAGGUUCCCUAAUGAUCUGAAGGUGUUUGUGGAAGAGGAUGCAGCCCACAUGGUGUAUUACAGAGUCUAA